GCCUAAUAUCUGACGUACACAAUGGACUCUGGACUGGACUUUGUUCUAUGGGGAAAGUCUCCCUUCGUAGACAAACGUUCCGGCUGCCAAGAAUGCCACCUUUCAUAGUGAGAGUUUGACAUGAUUUGUACUGCCAGAACGUGUUUCUGAAUCGGUUCUGCUAUAAGGAUUUAACAUGAUUCUCAAUUUGGUCGAAAGGCCGAUCGUUUAUGUUCUAAACUUAGUGGCUUCCUUUUGGGGUUUCGUUUCGUUUUACCCGUGGUAUUUAUUGUAUGGCGCGAAGCAGCGACAUGAUGAAGUACAGGCAAGAGCUACUGUUUCAAGAGAUCCUAGCUCAUCCUACAGAUGCGUCGAACAUUAUCAGAACAUUUUAAGGACUCCAGUUAAUGCGGUAUAUACUUUGGACAAAUUAUUCAGGUGAGUUGAUAAUGUUGAUUUAUUUUUAACGCUAGCAAGUGAACUUUAUUUCGUCAAACAAACUAUCAAGAAUUAAAAUUGAUGUCAGAAUACUAUUUAAAAAAGUUGCGUCUUUUAUAUAGAAUUUAUAUUGAACAUUGUUUAUAUCUUUAAAUCGUAUGUAGAUUAUACUGAAUUUUACACUCUGACACAAACGGUAAAAUUUAAUUUCAGACUUCUUUCGUCCAAAAAAUGUAGUAUAAAUAUAAAAUUUCCACAUCAUACAUGUGCAGAUGUUUCCGUUUUCCGUUUAUAAACCACCUGUGCUAGAUUUUUGUGUCAUGGGCUCUCAAAAUAUAAUCUGUUUGUAAGCCAUAGCAUUAGUUUAUUUUUGGAUUCUCGGCUUUAUAUUUAUGGACUGCAGGCUCUCUUGCCUGUUCUUCAACGUGUAAAUUAUAAAAUUGUACAAUACAGGUGAUGUUGUAAUUUCAUAUAUCAAUGUAAAAUAUCAUCAAAGUGUUCAGCCAAUAACGAUUUUUAAUACAGUCAAACACUUCAAAACCUUAUCAGUUUGUUAUGAAAUAUUUGUUGAAAAGUACACUUUGUAUUUGUAGUUAAUCUAUACGACAGUUUUCUUUUGAUGUCACGAGUUUCCUGUAUAGUAUGCCAAAUUCAUUCAAUCAUAUCACCUAAUAAUAAUGAAAGGCCAAGGGCAAACCUCUUGGGGGAACAUCUGAUAACACAAUCAUGGCUUUUUUCAAUCUGAUAAAUUUGCAAGGUUGAGACAUAACUCUAACUCUAACUUAUAAAUAUUUCAAAAUAUGAUGUUUAUUAAUGUUCCAAAGUACAAUGUAGGUGGGGUGAGGGUACAAGGUCCAUUACAGCCUGCAAACUAAUUGACACUCUGAGUUUUUAUAUUACCUUUGGCCAUGUGAAAAAAUUCUGUGCAUGCAGGCAGAUUUUUUAAAAAUGUUCAAAUCAUGCAUGCACACCUAGCUAUUACACUUUACAUCUGAAUUGGCAACCACUGGCUAUUACACUUUACAUCUGAAUUGCCACUGUGUUCUCAUGAACACUGAACAGCACAUAGUAUUUAUCGUAAACAUGCUUGUAGUAUGUAACUUUUAUUUUACUGUUCCAAUUCUCUGAUUGGGUAAUUAACUAAAACCAUUCAAUAUCGAAGAAGAAAAGGGGGAUUCAUCGCCUGCUCUGUGAUGAAAGAUUGCUAAAACAAUUUUAUAUAAGAAUGGCAAUUUUAAAUUUCACAUUCCUACAUUAAUUGUAUCAUUUAGACAUUAAAUUUAUCAUGAUUCUGAUAUUAAAUUGACCCAUUGAGUGGCAGCUAGCACUCUCCCUUUGAUAAUUAGUAACAUUGUCUGGCAUUUAGACAGAGGAAAAUGAUAAAGUAGCUAGGUGCAUCAGGGUGCAUUGCCACUUAUUAAAAAGGUUAACAUUCCAAAUUUACUAAAUUUGAUUUAUGAAACAUUAUGAAAGCUUAGUUGCUUAUCAUUAUGCAGUGCUAUAAAAGUUAUUUAUUUUUUUUGAACUAAUUACAGUCAAGUUAAAUGAUCAAAAAAGAACUAGUUGCCAGUAAAAGUUACGGAUAAAAAAUGUAUUAUGUAACUAUUACAUUGACAGCGAGUUCAGUUAAAUUACUGUAAAGAAUAAUUAAGAUAAUCCAACUGCAAGCCGGUAUAUAGGCGUUUGAUAGGAGUUAUUGCAGAGUGAAUCAGUUUAUCAACCACAAUAAACAUAAUAAUAAAAGUUGAUAGAAUAAAGAAAAUAACUUUAAUAACAAGCACUGUAUUGUGUUAAAGAUGCGGUAAAGUCCGUUCUGCGCAUAUAUUCUGCGCAUCAAAACAUUCCAUCAGUGGGGAGGCAACCUUUGGAAUGUUGUUAAUAUUUCGCUUUUUCCGAACUUUCUUGAAUUGAAUCUCUAGUCUGUAUUCAUUUACAAGCAUAACGAACCAGAAAAGUGUUAAAAAUUCAGUAUAAUAUAUAUGUAAUCAUAUUUUACAACUAUAGCACUGAGUUCAAAAUGUAAAUUGUAACGAAAAAAGUAACGUAAAUUAAUUAUGUUGCAUAUGGUCAGAGAAGUAACAUGUUAUCAUUCCAUUUUAAGCCAAAAUGUAACUAGUUGCAGUUACCUCUUUUCAAAACAUAUGGUGUAAAAAAAUACCUGUGGUUCCGGUUCCCGACCGACCCUAUUUUUUUCUGCCGACCCUAUUAUUUUUUCAACGCGAUUGACUGUGCAACCCUAUUUUCUCCAGGUGGUUGCGGGCUGCUCAUACAUCCUGCCAAAAUGGCGUCUGUUGUCACACUAAUUAUUGAACCAAAUUGCCUAAAUUCGUCCAUAGGAAAUACACAUCUCUAGUUAAUACUGAUGUCAGGACUCUACUGCAAAUCGCCCAGCAAAAAACCGCCAAAACUAUGAAAAAAUAUUUAAAAAAAAAUGUAUUUCCGACCUACCGAUCCUCAUUUUUUCAUAUGAAACCGGAACCACAGGUAUUUUUUUUACGGCUAACUAUAGUUACCGUUAGUUACUAAAAAGUAAUGAUUACUUGUAAUUUUGUUACUUGUAACGAAGUUACUUACAGCACUGUCAGCAAUUAAAGUUCUUUUUAUGUUUUGCCUUUUUUUUCCUUGCAGUUAAUCCUCAAUGAGUCUUCAUGAUUUCGAUUUAACAACUUAUUAGGAACUGAUUACUUUACAAUACACACACAAAUAACAACAGACAGUUCCCAAAUGGGAAAGUAGUGAACAGCUCGUCAGCCCAUUUCUACAUAUACUAGUUGAUUAGUGGCAUAAUGCAUGUUUUACAUGAAUUUUGUUUUGUAGAAAUACAGUUUCAAGUCAUGGCUCGAAGAAAUGUCUUGGCACCAGAGAACUUUUCAGCUCUGAAAAUGAAAUGCAGGCAAAUGGAAGAGUAUUUAAUAAAGUUGUGCUUGGAAAUUAUAAUUGGUUGAGUUAUAACGAAGUACUUACUAAGGUUGAAUCAUUCGGUUGUGGAUUAUUGGCACUUGGUCAAAGAACUAAACAAAAUGUAGUCAUAUUUGCUGAUACAAGGGCAGAAUGGAUGAUUGCAGCUCAAAGUUGCUUUUCGUAUAAUUUUCCAGGUAAAUAUGUAGUCAUUUUUAAAGUGUGUAUUGUAUAUGUCACAAAAAUGAAUGAGCGACAGUAUAGAAAUGUAGAUGAAAUGAACAAAGGAUAGUGUAAACAGGUGUGUUUUUCUCUUUUUCAUCAAAUUUCAGUGUUUUUCUCAGCCCAGUGAUGUAGCCACAGUGGUGCCUAAAUUACUUUGAAUUUGUACUCGAGUAAAAGUAGAAGUAAUUAACAAUAAAACGACUUGAGUAAGAAUAAAUUAAAAAGUACUGGAAGGAAAACGUACUUAAGUAAAAAGUACAAAGUAUCCUUAAAAAAUACUUGAAGUACAAAGUAAAAGUACUAUUGUCUGCAGCCUGUAGAGGAGGGGGGGGGGGGACUUCUCCAAUGGAUUAACAUACAAAAGACACAAAACAACACACGCAUUAUAUAUGCAUGUGUGCUGGUGUGCACCGACUAUACAAUAUUUCACGGCAUGGUCUGCUUUCCAGACUCUGUUGAAGAUAUAAGAAAUCCAUUAAAUAAAUAAUUAUAGUCAUAAACGAGAAAUCCCUAACGUAUGUAGAAGUCGUAUUACCUUUCCCGAAAUUAAAAUAAACCAGAAAUAAAUCACGUAAAAUUAAACAGAAGUUAGAAAGUAACGUAAUACUUCGCCACAAAAUGAACGUAACUUCUAAAGUAAAACGUUACUUCUUAAAAUGACUUCGUUCCAAGUAAAAGUAUUCCAGAAAAAGUUUACUUUGUUACAUGCUCACUUCUCAAAAAUAUUACUCAAGUACAGUAACGAAGUACAUUUACUUUGUUACUUGACACCAUUGUGUAGCCAGGAUUUCUAGUUGGGAGAGGGGGGUUUAAGAAAUAUGGGGGUAUGUUCCAGUGGUAUGCUCCCCUGCGAAAAGUGCCAUUUUCAGCAUUUUGGGGGCUAUCUGAAUGCGUUUUGGUGAUCUUUAAUGACACCUAUAUACAAAAUCUCUACUAGCUAGUCCCUCUGGCUAUUUCACCGGCCCAGCCUGUGUAAAGGAAACCUAUCAAGUAUUUAGUAGUAACCAAGCCAGACAGUUUUAAAAGUUAGGUGGAGCAUUCUAUACCAUCUGAAUCAAAUCUUUAUUUACUGUAUCUCUGAAUUAUCAUCUUCAAUGACUGUAAAAAUUUCUCGAUUCUGAUUGACUGAAAGGAGUACAAUUUAUCGAAAUGGAUCAUUCCAGAAAACAUCCAUACCACCCCCAUGGAGGAAAUUGGAAGUUAACCUCCUUACCCCCUUCGGAUGUCCUAAUACAUUUACUAUUAUCACAAACAAUUUUUUCUCCCCUCCCUCUCCGGACGGCAGAAAUUUCCUCCAUGGGGGGAGUGUGGAUCUUUUCUGGAAUGACCCAAUGUAGUGCCAAACAAAGAAAAUACAAUGUGCCAAGCACCGAAACAAAAGACACUUUUUUUUAGUUUUGACUUCUGACCGUUGAAAAUUUGUAUUAAGUUGUUGUGUCAUUCAAAUGAGUGAGUAAAUUAUAUAUUUUACAUGUGUUUCAUGCAUGCAAGUGACAAUGAAUCAGUUACUUCUGUAUAAUUUUUACUAUAAGAUUAAUGAGUAAUACGGUUGACCAUCUUUGACAACAUCACUUGACAAUGUGCUUGUUUUUCCGAAAUUGCACUCGAAACCAUACUAUAUUUACCUAAUUAUACAAAUUCCCAGAAAUGACAUCAAUUUAUUGGCAUUCUCAAUUAAUAUUUGACAUCAAUUGGCAAUAUCAAUUAAUAUUAAAUACCUCUCACUAAAAAUCUAGGUACAUAUGAUACUUGAAGGGACAGGCAGGGCUCGAUCAUCGAAGUAGAAAAAUGAUAUGGCCUGCCAGUCUAAAAUUUUUUGGCAGGUGAAAUAAAUUUUAGCCUUCCAUUUUUAUUCAUUGAACUGCCAAAAUGGCAAUGUCUCAUAUUUAAUGGGAUCUCCGAUUAGUGCCACAAUACUAUAGCCAAUCUUGUUAUGGAACACAUAGAAGAAAUUACUUUAACAACUGCUCUCAACCCACCCCGUUGGUGGUUCAGGUUUGUUGAUGAUAGCCAUACUUGCCUAAAACGUAAAUAUGUAGAGGAGUUUCAUAAGCAUUUAAAUUCAAUAGACAAGCAAACAGGGGCGUAGGAACAGGGGGGCCAGGCCCCCCAAGUUUUGCCAAGUGCCCUUUUUCCUGCAGCAAAGUGCCCUUUUUCUUGCGUAAAAAUGUCUUAAGGAUUGCCUUUAUAUAUAUAUAUAUAUAUAUAUAUAUAUAUAUAUAUAUAUAUAUAUAUAUAUAUAUAUAUAUAUAUAUAUAUAUAUAUAUAUAUAUAUAUUUUUAGAUGCCCUUUUUUAUUCGGAAAGUGCCCCUCAAAGCCUGCCCCCCCAACUUUUAGAAGCUUCCUACGCCCCUGCAAGCAAAUCCAAUUCACCAUUGAAGCGGAAGAAAAUAAUAGAUUACCAUUCUUUGAUACUGUAACAAUUAGGCAAAAUGGUCAAAUUAGGGUUGAUGUUUACCGUAAAAAGACGCAUACGGACAAAUACCUGGAUUUAUACACGUCAAAUCACCCUCCACAACACAAGCGAUCUGUACGUAGUUAAUACUUUUAUACUCGAUAGGGCAGAGAAAAUACCCUCAACCAACCGGUACAAAAACAAGGAAUUAAGUAGUUCGCAUGAAAAUGUAAAUGCAACGCAAAAAUCAACAGUUUCACCUAGUCAGAAAGAAUUACAAGAACAUUACAACGUGAGAAAAUUCGUGUUUCAUUCCAACCAACUCGUACAUUACAGCAAGUAUUUCCAAAGCCAAAAGAUAAGCUAGACACUAACCGUACAAGGUACAUCGUUUAUAAAAUUGAAUGUUCCGCUUGUGAUUUUACUUAUUAUGGCCAAACUAACCGAGUAUUGAAAACAAGAAUAAAAGAACAUAAAAGAGCAGGAACAGCCAAUCACAAAAUACGGAAACUGACAACUGUAACUGCGACAACAAAAACACUUGCCCACUACCGAAACAAUGUAUGACCAACAACAUUAUUUACAAAUCCACAGUCACAACGAACAACACGAACGACACUAAACACUACAUUGGUAUGACAGCGACUACAUUUAAGGAACGUUACGCUAACCACACUUCAUCUUUUUGUCAUGAAAAAGACUCAAACAAAACGGAACUUUCGAAACAUAUUUGGAAAUUAAAAGAAAACAAUCAGGAUGAUACCAAAUGGUCAAUUUUAAAACACGCUAUUUCGUACACAUGCAGGGCGGUCAAAACGCUGCAAUUUAUGUUUGGAAGAAAAAAUUUGCAUUUUGAAAGACAUGAACAAAGACAAUUUACUCAAUAAAAGAAGCGAAAUUUUCGGCAAGUGUCGUCACAAAAACCGGUUUCGAGUAAACAAGAUCGUUAACAAAAUUUAAUGACCCAAGCAUUGUUUCGCCUAAGCACUGUUUCGCUUAAGCAUUAAUUAAUUGUUUCGCCUAAGCAUUUCGCCUACACGCAUUCCGCGCAUUCUUUCGAUAGCAUAAAAGCAACCUAUAUUUCGAGCCCUGGUAUAACUGGGGAUCCACCAGAAUCAGGUUUCACCCAGUUAGUUCAGGUUCAAGAACCCUGGUUUGCAGAGUUCUAGUUCUGGCCAAAACUGGAAAAAGAAUAUGGCCAGAACAGAAAUAUUUCAGGUUAAGCCAUCACAAUACAAUGCCUAGUAAAAAUUCUGUUCGUGGAAAAUUGAACAUAGAUAUUCUGGACAGAAUAUAGAUUAUAGAAUUUAAUGAAUAUAAUUUACUUCUGUACGGAAUAAAAGUAAACAAAACUAAAUAAAAGUGACAGAAUUAAUACCUUCUUCAUGAUCAAAUUAGUCUGUACCGAUGUUUGGACAUUCACCUUGCAUUGCUUCUUGUGUGCUCAAUGUUUUGAAUUUGGACACCCCUUUUGGCUUUUUUUGUAGUUGUGACCCUCUACGCUACACUUGGAGAGGAAGCUAUUGUGUAUGGUAUUAACCAAGCUGAAGUGGAAGUUGUUAUAACUGAUGGACAUUUAUUGCCCAAACUGCAGACAGUUGCAGGACAGUUGACAAAUAUCAAAACAAUUAUUUAUAUUGGUGAUGUUAACCUUAGUGGUCUGUCUGUGUUUCCAAGUCACGUCAAAGUUUUAUCUAUUGCCGAAGUUGAAAGAAUUGGAUCUAGGUCUCAGAAUAGUAAGUAUGAAAAUUUAAUUACGCUGUGAUUGGGCAUAGUAUCUGAGUUUGGAGAAAGGUAGGUGCCCUGGCGUUGUACUCGAGUCCAUAUGAGUCACGUUUUUGAGGGAGUUACUAUUUUUAGACUUUUAGGAUCAGGGUUUGGAUUAGGGAAAGGGCUAGGGUUAGGAUUGAGAUUAGGGUUCGGAUUAGAGUAAGAGUUGGUUUAGGGUUAGGAUUUGGGUUAAGUUUAAAAUACAAAGGAAUACAAAAUUACAAAAGUCUAAAAAUAGUAACUCCCCUGAAAACGUGACAGGUAUAGGUACGAUAGUGCUACGAAAUAGCAACUUGCCUUUUUUAGCUCUGCUUACGGAGCUAAAAAGGGGAAGUGCAUGAGUAGGCUAAUGAAGCCAUGCGCCAGGGGCCAGUUGUUUGAAAGCCUCAAAGCCUGUUAGCUCAGGGGCUUCGGUGGCCAAGUGGUUAGCGCACUUGCCUUUCACCUCUGAGGCCGCAGGGUCGAAUCUCACUAAGUACCUUCUCAGUGCGACUCGAACCCAGUCCCCAUGUGAAAAGAGUAGAAGUCGACGCUCUGCCGAAAGCCGUGGGUUUCCCCGGGUACUCCGGUUUCCUCCCACAGGGAAAGUUGACAGGGUGGGUUAGGUAAAAAGGGACCACAGUAAUUGGCAUAUGCUGUUGUGGUGACCCUGCCCUAGUUGGCAAAGCUAAAUAAAUAAAUAAAAAAAAAAAGAAAACCUUCAAGGCAAACUUGUUUAUUAAAUCUUGGAAGAAAUACGAAUUUCCAGAAAUAUUCAAUUUAAUGAAGUUUUGAAAUGACCUGCAGAAAGACAAACUCAAACAGCAAGCUAGAUUUUAAACCAGGGGUAACGCUAAUCGUGCUUUGAACAAAUGGCCUCGGAUCGCACGUGAUGUCAGAGACUUCCAUGUUUUUGCUGCCUCGUGGAAAUUUAUAUUUGAAAUACUUGAAUAUUAAUUUACUUGAAUAUUAAUUUACUUGAAUGGGCGUCAUGCUUAUAAAGGAAUUUGAUCUAAUUUACUAUCGUCUUACCUUAGUUUCGCAGUCUCGCAUUCCACCUUGCCCUGAAGAUACAGCAGUAAUAAUGUAUACAAGUGGUUCUACAGGUUUACCAAAAGGUAACGAACUGUAACUCAAACUUACAUAUUACGAUUCUUGCGACUUAGAAUCGCUGUGUACCGUAAUAACAUAGUCUGAUUUCCGUUGGCUUCUGUCUUGCUGUUAUUAGUAAUUGAGCUUAUUUUCGUUUAUUAACAGGAGUUAUAAUAUCUCAUGCAAACCUUAUGGCUACCAUAGCUGGGAUGACUGAUAGAGUUAGGAAUAAAAGGUAUUAAAUUCUUCUGCUGAUUAUUCCGCUUUGAAAGUAAUGAAAUACCUGGACAAUAGAGAGUUCAGAUUUGACUUCCACUACCUCUCAUUGGCUUAGUACACGCAUCUGAUUGGUUAAUCGCAUGUAUCAAACGCAUCUUGGUCUUGCACAAAAACUACAACAAUUACAAAAUAGAGCCCGCACGUAUAAUAAAUGGGUCCCUGAGGGGUCAGAUUAUAACACUCGAUCACAUGAAGUAUACUGUCUGACCUAAACUGGUUGAAUUUAAAAGAAAGAAGAGAGCAGCAUUUUAAAACACUUAUAUUUAAAACGGUACACAAAAUGGUACCGGAAUAUAUUUCUAAUAAAUUCACGAGUGUUUCAUCAAUCCAUAGUUACGGUCUAUACGUGGUUCAGACUCUAAAUUGUUUGUUCCGCGAGACCUGUGACUGAGGCCUUAUUAAAGAAUGUUUUUCAUACCGACGUGCUGUCCUGUGGAAUAGCUUACCUGUGAUGCAACUAAUGCUAAAUCAGUUGAUCAAUUUAAAGCACUUUUAUAGAUUAGUCUAAAGGUUUUUAUCAUAUAAUCAUAUGUAUUUGUAAUCCAGAAAUAGUCGCGUGUCUGUCUGUAUUUAUAUAUUUAAUGUUAAUUCUUCACGGCUCCAGAGAAGAACACGAUAUGUGAACUGGACUCCGUGUAUAAAUAAGGUUUUAAUAAUAAUAAUAAUAAUAAUAAUAAUAAUAAUAAUAAUAAAUAAUAAUAAUCUGAUUGGUUAGUCAAAUCUGAACCUCUCUAUUUAUGAUAUGAAGACUGUGAGGAUAUGUUAUGAUUCAACCGACUACCAUGCCAUCGUGUGAUAAUAUAAUGUCUGCUCCCAAGGAAAUAGUUUUGUUUUCCCGAGAGUCUCAAUGUUCCCCGAGACGAAGUCCAGGAAAACAUUGAGAUUCGAGGGGAAACGACAUUAAGUGUUUUGUUAUAUAUAGCGACGAAAGAAAAAUCAACAACAUUCAUACAACAAUUGUAUUUAAUGACAAAAACUCUAUAGUGUAAACGAGUUUAAAAUUAAAAGAACCAAAAAGUAAAAUAAAAAAGGUUUCAGCAGCAUAUCCUGUUGCCUGUUGUGUAUUUUUCUUCUCUUUUACAUUCGUUUUUUUAACACAAAUUUGGAAAAUCGUAGUUUAUAAACUUGCGAGUUGUGGCACCAUUUUGUGUAUUUAUGUAUACGUGUAUAGUCGGUCGGGGCGGGCAAUAAUUUAUCACCUGUUGCCCGGCGGGAUACAUUACAUUUAUCUAAAGGCAUGUGAUUACAAAUAAGCCAAUCACGUUUGGUGCUCACCCUAGCUGUAUAACAAUAUAGGAAUUAUGUUUUUAUGUUUAGCAAUGAUGUUUACAUUGGUUAUUUACCACUUGCCCAUGUCCUGGAGCUUUCAGCAGGUAACAUAAGUGAGACUAUGGUCAAAUUUAUAAACUCCACCCAUGACAUAUGUUGUCUCCAGAGCUUAUAUAUACAUGUUGCUUUAUAAUUGGGAUUAAACUGGAAACUAAAUGUGUGGCGUCAUCGCUUAUUUUAUAUGCUAAAAACCUAUCUACGUCAAAGCAAUCUGAAGAGAGGAGUCUGGAACAAAAUUAAAUUAAAUAGACUGUCAAUUGUUAAAGGCACAGUUCAGCCUUUUGAAUAAUGGUUUUUUUAAGGCGCAUUUCAGCCCUUUAAUUGAAAAACUAACUAGGACUCAAUAAGAACAAUAAAAAUGUUUUAAAAUGUUAAAAACAUUAAGUUUGCUGAUCUUAAAUUAUGCCUAAUUGAUUUUUCUAUUUUCCUUUUCUUAAAAACCAUCAUUCAAAAGGCUGAACUGUGCCUUUAAGUUUGACAUACCAUACAAUACCCUUUUACAUUACAUUUCUGUCUUUCAUUUAACGCAGAACUGGUCAUGUUGUCACAAGGAAGUUCUAUUGGUUACUCAUCACCUUUAACUUUGGCAGACCAGGUCAGUUAUGGACGUCUUUUUAUUAUUCUAUAUAAUGUCCAAAUAAACGCCCUAUCAAACAACCAGGAUAUGGGCAAACUCUAGAGUGAAUGUAUUUCUUACUUAACAUACCUCUGAAACAACAAAGAAGUGAAUGGGAAAAUUGAGAGUUUAAGUAUAAUAGAUAAAGCGUGAGCGGUCUACCUGUGUGCGAUUAAUUGGACAUACGAGCCGAAAACUCAUUCAUGUUUAUCGAUGUAAAAUAUAAAUUGUGUUAGUUCUGAAAAUAUCAAACGAACAGGUUAUGUUAGUCAAGACGAAAUCUAUAUAAGAUUUACAUUCAUUGAUUAAACACUUAGUAUUAUAAUAUUUGUUAUUAUUUACGUAGUCCUCUAAGAUCAAGAAAGGUUCGAAAGGAGACGUGGGCGUCCUCAAACCAACUCUCAUGGCCGCGGUUCCGGUAAGGAAAUAAAAACUUUAGUUACUUUUAUUUCUUUUUGUUUCGGUCUGUACUUACUAUUUGCUUGAUUAGUUAACUUUGCAUGAAUUAAUAUUGCAUGGGAUUUACUAGACUUGCAACAAGUCAACUCGUUAGUCUCGUAAUAUUUAGCUUACCCAUUCGUUUUAUUCGCUCACUCGUUUUACUCGUUACAAUGCGAGUACUAUGCGAGUCGACUUGUAGCAAUUAGUCUAGGGAUUUCCCAAUAAUUAUAUUCCUAAUUUUUAGGCGAUCAUGGAUCGCAUUCGUCAUAAUGUUCUGGAUAAAGUAAAAGAAGGAUCGUGGUUUAAAAGGCUGCUAUUCAAGUUCUGUUAUAACUACAAAGUGGAACAGGUGAAACAAGGAUAUGACACGCCUCUGAUUAACAGGU